CCUAAUCUUGAAAGUAGAGAUAGUGUCUGUCUCCCGAAUCCAAACUGGAAGCUGGUUCCACAGAAGAGGGGCCUGAAAACUGAAGGCUCUGCCUCCCAUUCUACUUUUAAAUACUCUAGUUCUGCUGUUAAAGAAGUGUGAAAAUAACUAAAUCCCAAACUCACAAUAUGGUAGAGAGUAAAAGGUCAUGAAAGGUUUUAUACUGAGAAAUUCACAGGAAUAUAUGCUGACACUAAGCAAGACUGAGCAGACACCAGUAAAUGACAAAUCUAAAACACACUGAGAAUGAAUUCAGCAUUAAACACAGCAGGGAGGAACAAUACACAUAUCAAAGGUGGAAGCAAGCAAAGCUCAAAGCAAGGCACAAGACAAAAGUAAAACAGAUAAUUAAAUAACUAAAACAGAGAGACAUGAAACGUGAAAAGCAAUAGGAAACAUUAAUGACCUAAUUCAGGAAGAAACACAGAAAGGCGAGACAGAGAGAGUGAUGGGGAAACAAACAGAAACCUCAAAGUAAGAAGUGAAUUUAGCUGAACGCUAGAACAGAAAAUCACUAUAAUAGCCAUUCAAAUUCAUUGAACUACAAACUGUAACUAGAACUCAAACACAACAAGGAUUUAAAUUCAAGAUACUGGAAUGACAAUGAAAUCAAAACAGGAAUCAGAAAUAUAUCUGAACAAUAAUCAGAAACUAAAAACACUGCAACUCAGUUUAAAACCAGGGAUCAUGACAAAGUGUCCAAUGAGGUGAGGUUUUUGUUUCUCCGUUUCACUGCCUCACUGAUUAUUAGUAAUAUAAUAAAAAUUUCAUAUGUACUAUUUUCAUAAAGGAAAUCUCUGGUCUUGAUUUAUAUUUAUUACUUAUAUGUUUAUCGAUGUUUGAAUUAUUUCAUAAUUUGCGUGACUGUUAAUCUACAUUUUUUGACUUUGAAAAUAAACAUUUUAAGAAGAAAAAUGUCCAAAAAUCAUUUGAAACACAGCUGAUUAGAAAAAAAUGAAAAAAGGUUCCCUCUCUAAAGACAGAGACUCCAAGAAGAAUUUAAACCCAAAAAACUUUGUUAGGUAUGAUCUGUACAGAAAAGGGCUCCUAUUCCUGGAAUCACUCACAACCUGAUCACUCCUUCCUCUUCUAAACAUAGAAACUACUCUUUGUGCACACAUUUCCUCAUUCUCUCCUCUUACAUAUAUAGAUAUAUAUCUAAAGGCUGACAGGCUCCAUUCACUACAGACACACAUUAAGUUCAGACCUCAGGCUAGUUUCAUUUCUACAAAACAGAAACUGACACCGCCACUGUUACUGUGACUGGCACAGAGAAAUGGCAGAAAAAGGAGUUCAGCUGGACCGAGAAACCUUCUCUUGUUCGAUCUGUUUGGAUCUACUCAAGGAUCCGGUGACUACAACUUGUGGACACAGCUACUGCAUGAACUGUAUUAAAGCACACUUUGAUGAAGAGGACAGGAAGGGAAUCCACAGCUGCCCUCAGUGCAGGAAGACUUUCACACCGAGGCCUGUCCUGGAGAAAAACGUCAUGUUAGCAGCUUUAGUGGAGCAGCUGAAGAAGACUGGACUCCAAGCUGCUCCAGCUGAUCUCUGCUAUGCUGGACCUGAAGAUGUGGCCUGUGAUGUCUGCACUGGGAGGAAGCUGAAAGCCAUCAAGUCCUGUUUAACUUGUCUGGCCUCUUACUGUGAGAAACACCUCCAACCUCACUAUGUUGCAGCUCCAUUAAAGAAACACAAACUUGUUGACCUUUACAAGAAGCUCCAGGAGAACAUCUGCUCUCGUCAUGAUGAGGUGAUGAAGAUUUUCUGUCGUACUGAUCAGCAGAGUAUCUGUAAUGUCUGCAAAAAGGAUGACCAUAAAGGCCAUGAAACAGUCCCAGCUGCAGCAGAAAGGACUGAGAAGCAGAAGGAGCUCGAGGUGAGACGACUAAACAUCCAGCAGAGAAUCCAGGAGCGAGAGAAAGAUGUGAAGCUGCUUCAACAGGAGGUGGAGGCCAUCAAUGGCUCUGCUGAUAAAGCAGUGGAGGACAGUGAGAAGAUGUUCACUGAGCUGAUCCGUCUCAUCCAGAAAAGAAUCUCUGAUGUGAAGCAGCAGGUCAGAUCCCAGCAGGAAACUGAAGUGAGUCGAGUCAAAGAGCUUCAGGAGAAGCUGGAGCAGGAGAUCGCUGAGCUGAAGAGGAAAGACGGCGAGCUGGAGCAGCUCUCACACACAGAGGAUCACAACCACUUUCUACACAACUACCCCUCACUGUCAGCACUCAGUGAGUCUACACACUCAUCCAGCAUCAAUAUUCGUCCUCUGAGCUACUUUGAGGAUGUGACAGCAGCUGUGUCAGAGACCAGAGAUAAACUACAGGACAUUCUGAGAGAGGAAUGGACAAACAUCUCACUGACAGUCACUGAAGUGGAUGUUUUACUGUCACCACCAGAGCCAAAGACCAGAGCUGGAUUCUUAAAAUAUUCACAUGAAAUCACACUGGAUCCAAACACAGCAAACAAAUAUCUGCUGUUAUCUGAGGGGAACAGAAAAGCAAUAUAUACCAAAGAAGAACAGUCUUAUUCUGAUCAUCCAGACAGAUUCACUGGAUGGCUUCAGAUCCUGAGUAAAGAGAGUCUGAGUGGACGUUGUUACUGGGAGGUGGAGUGGAGAGGAAAAGGAGUUGAAGUAGCAGUCACAUACAAGAAUAUCCGAAGAGUAGGAAAAUCAGACUUAUGUUUUUUUGGAUUCAAUCAAAAAUCGUGGUCACUGAAGUGUUAUAUAAACAAAUAUGAAUUUUGGUACAACAAAGUCCAAACUGUCCUCUCAGGUCCUCGGUCCUCCAGAGUAGGAGUGUACCUGGAUCACAGAGCAGGUAUUCUGUCUUUCUACAGCGUCUCUGAAACCAUGACUCUCCUCCACAGAGUCCAGACCACAUUCACUCAGCCGCUCUAUGCUGGACUUUGGCUUUGUGAGUCUGAUGGCGUCUCUGCUGAGUUCAUUAAACUUAAAUAGACAGAAGUCAUUGACAGAAGUUGAUUAAAAUGUGUUUUAGUCUACAGUUUUUUUUCUUUGUCAUCAUUGUUACUGAGCUUGCAGUUGUGCUUUUCUUCUUUGUACACAACAUCACCUGUUAGUUAAACUUUAUGGGUGCUGUUUUGACAUCUCAUUGUUUGUUGUCUAGUUAAUGACUGAUUUUAUUCAGGUGGCACUUCAUCCUGUGUUUGUUUAGCCAUGUAGGGAAAACAAGCCUUCCGUGAUUUAUUCCGUCAGUGUACUCUUCCAAUGUGGAUGGUAAGUAAUGUAAAAACACUGCUGGGACUGUCUUUUCCGCUUUCUUUGGUGAUUGAUUUGAAUUCUUUAGUGCUGAUAUUACUGUGUUACUUUGCAGCUUUUAGUGGUUUUAACUGUUAUCAUAACUUUGGCAGACAUUCUUACUUGCUGUCACUGAUGUUCCAGAUUAACUGUCACAAAUUAACUGUCAGUCUCAUUGCUAUGAACAAUCAAAUAUUAAAAACUGUCUCUUGUUUACUUGGUUAUAGUCUCAUGAACAAGGCGACCACAAAAAAUGGCAAAAAAAAAUUGCUGUUCACAAGACAGCAUACAUAGCCUACAACCAGAUUAACUUGUGCACAUCUGCACGUGUAUCUGUCACCACAUUGAGUAGAGGCUGAGUGGCUGCACUUACAUUUGAUGCAUUCAAAUUGACCAACAAAGAUCAUGUUCAAAGAUACAUACAUGUCACAUAUAAAUAUUUUAAAUGAAGGUCCAGACAUUUCUGGGGUAAACCUGCAUUUUUGAGCAGACAGAGUGCUAUGCUCAGUCUUAGCCUGGCAACACCCUCUUGGUCAACAGAAGACUGAACUGUUGUCCUCAGUAGAAUUCGUUCUGCAAGCUGGCCAUUUUCUAUUAAUUAGAAUCUGUGCAUAUUCAAGUACAAUACACCAUGACCAUUAUACCUGCCUUGCAUACAAAAACACCACAGGAUGUAAUGUCCUGCUGUUUGAGAUGUUUGUCACAGACUCUUCCAGCUACUCCCACAAAUGUUUGUUUAAUUAAGCAAGUUAAUAUGUAAGCUAUAUAGACUGUAUAUGACUACCAACUGUCUCCAGCUGUGUCAAUCUAUUAUCUAUUUUGGCCCCAAGUGUUCCAAACAAACAGUACAUGAUUGUCCCAGGUGACUACAGUUACACAAAUGUAAUAUACAAACUCAGUUCACCAUCAUUUCAGAUAAUUUUAGAAUUAAAUUCAUUUCCAGAGAAAAGACAGAGGCAGACUAUGCUAACAAGAUGUGAUGUUACAACACUAGUCAGAUAUUGAUGUGUAAUAUUUGUUGUUUGUUAUGGAAAAAAAAUAGUCAUCAUGAACAAUAGGAGUGGUGAUUUCUAGAACUUUGUGUACAUAAUUUGUCAUUUCUUACCGAUGUAGGCUUAACAUUAAUAUACAAUAGCAUUUCAUUUAGUUUAAGGGUUUAUUUACAAGAUGCAAGAACAUAAAACCUGGAAAGUUACAAAUGUAUUGUGCAUGAAACGGGAAUUAAAACGUGGCGAUAGAGCCAGGUGCAGAUGUGUGUUACAAAUUAAUCUGGCUGUAGGCUAUGGCACUUGGCCACAGGUGGCGCUAGUUGACUCAACUCCGCUUGAGUGCACACAAACCGUUUUAGUUGUGAGGCGAAAACGCUGAAAUCACAGUGAUAAAAUGUAGGAGGGGAAUGAUAAUGAAGACAAGAGAGAUUGUUUACUCUUGCUGUCCUGUGAACAGCAUCGGUGUGGUGACGUAUAUUUGUUUGCUGUUUUCGGUGUUGUCUCGUGCAUGAGAAUAUCAGCAGGUAAACCAGAGACAGUUUCUAAUAUUGUAUUGUUCAAGAGCAAUAAGACUGACGGACUGUGUUUAAGCUAACCUCACAAAGGUCACUUAUUAAAUAUUCAGUGUUUAUUUUCUGGUUUGUCGGUAGCAGCUCCUUAAAACUGGAGUAUGAGUACAGGUGGAGGAACAAAUGUCUCCUCCUUAAACACCACCUUCUUACUCUCUCCUGGGACUCGAUGCUGGCCAAUGCUUUCUGGACACAUUUGCCACUUUGAGCUUUUUGACCUGAAGGAUCUGUACAGCGGUACACUGACGCGCGUUUCACGGGUUUUGGCGUUUUCCCGACGCAAAUCUGCCUCCGCAUUUUCGCCGGACGCGCAAUCGCGUGUCAUCGUGCUCUUUCCAUUGACUUUACAUGUGAACCUGACCCUCUGGCCGCCUCUUUCGCGUUCGGUGUGUGCGCACCGUUACAGUGACUUCAUGCAGUUUGUGUUUUGACCUCCAGAGGGCGACAAAUCAGCACAGACAGAGAGCUCCAUUCAAACUGCUGCCAUCAGUAAUAAUUCUUCAAAUAUAAUCAUCAGUGUUUGAGCAGUUAAGAUAUCAGGGAAUAUCUAGACAUGGGUCACAAUACUGAACAUGUCACAUGUCACACCUUCAAAAUCAUGUGAUCCGCUCUCAGUCCGCACUUUCAUUCAUGACUUCAACAUGUUGAAAUGAGCUUUGAAGAAACAUUCAGUGAAAUAAAGCUUUCAUCAUAAGAUUCAUGUGAGCACCAGAUGAGCUUGUACUAACAACAACAAUAACAGAGUGUUACAUCCUGUGAGGCUGUGGGAGUGUGUGGGCGUGGUGUUGUCUUCUCCCUCUCCUCCUCCUUCUUUCUUGCCCCUCCCCUUGUCUCUCUCUGCCCCUGCCUUCUUCUUUAGAACACACCAUCUGCCUGGCGUUCUUUUCAUUUCACCCGGAUCCAACUGUUACUGCCCCCCACCCUCAUCGCCUAGCUUUUUAUGUGGGGACGUAACACAGAGUCUGAAUGAAGUUCAGGUGCUGAUGCAGCUCACUGAUUGGACAUUUGGUUUCAGCUCUGCUCUCAGUCUUUACUGCACAGGUGAAGGUAGAAAGUGUGUGUGAGCUGAUGUGGAUGUGAAUUCGGCAGCAUGGAUCAGUG